UGUGUGAUUUGCAGAGCUGCUGUUUGUCCCACAGACUUCCUGCAAGUUUUUCCCAGUCACUCUACUGUGCUAAUCCCAGACGGAGCAACCCUGCUACAAACCUUCGGCCCCUCCCUACCACCACUAUCAUUUUCAUCCUCAUCAUCAUCUUCUCCCACCUCGUCCUCAUCAUCUGCAUCAGCCGUCUUUAAGCUCUUUUCUGGACCACAGAUGGCUCGCUGAGGUCUAACUGUAAUCACGUGAGGGUCUAUAAGAAAGAAAGAUCCUUUGGAAAAUUCGACUUUGCUGCAAUUUCUCAACCGGAUCUACGUGGAUCUUCCAACAUGGCACAAUCGGUCACAACGGUCCUGGUUCUGUUUCUGUGGCAGAUGUUUGCAGCCACCAGAGCCCUCAGUGAGCCCCAUGUCUACAAGGAUUUAGACCUGGAGCAGCAUCGGCGCCUGGCCCGCGGUGCCGAAGAGGAUGAGCAGCAGUCCACGUACAGCCAGUCCUUUGAGAAUGACUCUGUGACGCCGCCACAAGUCACCCAACUAUCAAACGUGACGGAUUCCGAGGACCGUGGAAUAUUCAAUCCCUUCUACCCGCUAAGCCGGAACUCCUACAUCGCCUAUGCCACCGUGCUGGCGGCUGGCCUUCUGUUGGCAGUGGGCGUGGUGGGCAACAUGGCGAUCAUGUGCAUUGUGUGGAACAACUUCUACAUGAGGUCUGCCUGGAACUACCUGCUGGCCAGUGUUGCAUUUUGGGACUUCCUGCUGCUGCUGCUCUGCCUGCCCACGGAGAUGGCCAACUGGCUGUCACAUCGCCGCAUCAUGCCUGAGAUCACCUGCCGAUUGGUUCCCUACAUGGAGGUGGUGUCUUUGGGUGUCACUUCGUUUACGCUGUGUGCUCUGGGAAUUGACCGUUUCCACGCCGCUACCAGCUCGUCUCAACCAAAGACACGGCGAGUGGAGCGUUGUCGCUCUGUACUGGUCAAGCUGGUUGUGGUGUGGGUCGCUGCGAUGCUGUUGGCCAGUCCUGAGCUCUUCUUGUGGCACCAAGCAAGGCCCACGGCUCCUACAGCUAUAGACUCAUGCUCCAUCAGCGUCUCCUCGCCGUCAUCCCUCCUCCUGCCUGACUCCCUGCACUCGCUGUUGCACAAGUACCACCAGGCUCGCAUGUGGUGGACUUUUGGCUGUUACUUCUGCCUACCUGUCCUCUUUACCAUCCUCUGCCAAAUGGCAACCCGCAACGUCCAUAGUGACUCCAGCUCCGCCCACAAGCAACGUAGCCAUGAUGACCCUUCCUCCAAUCACAAGCGCCAUCAUCACCAGGCGCUGGAGCGGCAGCUUAACUGCACUCUGUUAGCAUUAGCGCUGGUCUACAGCAUUUGCGCACUUCCACAACACAUAUGUAACAUCAUGCUAGCAUACACCAACAUCACCAUCUCUGAGGACACGGAGGCCACUCUGGCACUCUUACAUCACUUCCUGCUAUUCCUCAAGUCCUCCAUCACGCCUGUGGUGCUGCUGUGUUUAUGUAAGGCGCUGGGUCGGGUCUUUGUGGACUGCUGCUGCUGCUGCUGCCGAGCGUGUCAGCAGAACUCGGUUGAAGGUUCUCCAGGAUCUGCUCACGUCCAGCUAAAGACGGCCAAAGAGGCGGCCAUCUUCUUCGACAAAGCAAAAGACACCUCGGCCAUCUUGUCUAUCUCAAGUUAGAUUAUACUGCUCCUUCUUUAUUCUUUCUUGCCCCCAUCAUGCACUCUGCUUGUUGACCUCCCUGUCCAUGGUUGCUCUACUUCCUGUUUGCUCAGGAAGUGUCAUUUGUAGUUAUUUGUAUAGAUAUUUUGAAGAUCUGGAAAAAGAUUGAUGUGAUUACACACAUGAAAAAAAUUCACUGUGGCAGAUGCGCAAAAGUGAUGUUUAAGUAGCAGUUUUAAACAAUUAUGUAAUUAAGUAUUAAAAAUAAAUCAGUGAAUUCAAGGUAGUGAAACUUGAAUUAACACAAAUCAUUUUAUUGCAGUCACAUGACUUUUGUUGGUUGUUUUUUACGUGAUGAACGUCAAUUAACAACUUUAGUUGACUUUAACGAACUUACUGUACGUGAGCGUCAAUAUAUUUUGUUUGCAUUUGAAGACUAACGACCUGCUCGUCCAAUGUCGCCUCAGUAACCGUCACAGGAUGUCGAGGUGGCUAAGGUUAGCCCUGUUUGAACCAUGUGACCAAAGUGACGGUACGUGUUGUCAUGGUUUUGUGAAAGAAUGACUUGUCAACAAUGGUAAAUAAAAAUAAUUUAAAUUUCA